CCUCUCCACCUCCCAUCCCACCUCCCCACCCCUCGUAAGAAAAUAAUGCUGGCUGGCGCCCGCACCUCCCAGUCGCUCCCAGUCCGCUGCGAGGAAAGGGCACCUGCAGUGUCUCCUCGCUGGGACCCCCGCCGAGCCUCCCUCGCCGCCGCCGAGCCCCGAGAGCAGCUGGGCUCCGCUUAGGCGGAAUCUGCGAGCGCCGCGCCCGGGCACUGCCGGUCCGGGGAGGCACCGCCCGCAAGGACACCGCUCCGUCCCGCCUCGUCCGCAACUCCGGCCCUCGUCGAGCUCGACGCGAGCCAGGAUCCCGGACGUCUCUCCGCGUGCGGCGCAGCAGCAGCCCGACUACUCCCCGCGACCCCUCCUCGGAGGCAACUCCAUCUCGGACCUGGGACUUCUGACGAGGAUCCUCAGCUACUUCUCACCUCGGGGCUGUGCCCUCCUCCUCCGCUCAGGACGGGGGUGCCAAGAUGCCCCGCUGCGGCGCAGGGCCCCGGGCCGCCCUCGACGUGUGACCCUAGCCUGGUCCCCCUGCUCGGCCGUCCGCCCUCCCCUUGGAGACCCCCGGCCCGGCUUCCGGGGGAGGAGGAGGAAGGAGACUACGAGGCCGAGGGGGGGAUGUCCAGCUCCAAAAGCGUGAGCCCCCCGGGCUACGCGGCGCAGAAGACUGCGGCGCCGGCGCCCCGGGGAGGCCCCGAACAUCGCUCGGCGUGGGGCGAGGCCGAUUCCCGCGCGAAUGGCUACCCCCAUGCCCCCGGGGGUUCUGCCCGCGGCUCCACCAAGAAACCCGGGGGGGCGGUGACCCCGCAGCAGCAGCAGCAGCAGCGCCUGGCCAGCCGCUGGCGCAGCGACGACGACGACGAUCCUCCGCUGAGUGGCGACGAUCCCCUGGCCGGGGGCUUCGGCUUCAGCUUCCGCUCCAAGUCCGCCUGGCAGGAGCGCGGCGGCGACGACUGCGGUCGCGGCAGCCGCCGGCAACGGCGGGGCGCGGCCGGCGGGGGCAGCACCCGGGCGCCCCCUGCGGGCGGCGGCGGCGGCUCGGCGGCGGCGGCUGCCUCGGCGGGCGGGACGGAGGUGCGCCCUCGCUCGGUGGAGGUGGGCCUGGAGGAGCGGCGGGGCAAGGGGCGCGCAGCCGACGAGCUGGAGGCCGGCGCCGUCGAGGGCGGCGAGGAGUCCGGGGAUGGCGGUAGCUCGGCAGACUCGGGCUCGGGCGCGGGGCCCGGCGCGGUGCUGUCCCUGGGCGCCUGCUGCCUGGCGUUGCUGCAGAUAUUCCGCUCCAAGAAGUUCCCGUCGGACAAACUGGAGCGGCUGUACCAGCGCUACUUCUUCCGCCUGAACCAGAGCAGCCUCACCAUGCUCAUGGCCGUGCUGGUGCUCGUGUGCCUGGUCAUGUUGGCCUUCCACGCGGCGCGGCCCCCGCUCCAGCUGCCCUACCUGGCCGUGCUGGCGGCCGCCGUGGGCGUCAUCCUCAUCAUGGCUGUGCUCUGCAACCGCGCCGCCUUCCACCAGGACCACAUGGGCCUGGCCUGCUAUGCGCUCAUCGCCGUGGUGCUGGCCGUCCAGGUGGUGGGCCUGCUGCUGCCGCAGCCGCGCAGCGCCUCUGAGGGCAUCUGGUGGACCGUGUUCUUCAUCUACACCAUCUACACGCUGCUGCCCGUGCGCAUGCGGGCCGCGGUGCUCAGCGGGGUGCUCCUGUCCGCCCUCCACCUGGUCAUCGCCCUGCGCACCAACGCCCAGGACCAGUUUUUGCUCAAGCAGCUUGUCUCCAAUGUUCUCAUUUUCUCCUGCACCAACAUCGUGGGUGUCUGCACCCACUACCCAGCUGAGGUCUCCCAGAGACAGGCUUUCCAGGAGACCCGAGAGUGCAUCCAGGCGCGGCUCCACUCACAGCGGGAGAACCAGCAGCAGGAGCGGCUCCUGCUGUCUGUCCUUCCCCGUCAUGUUGCCAUGGAGAUGAAAGCAGACAUCAACGCCAAGCAGGAGGAUAUGAUGUUCCAUAAGAUUUACAUCCAGAAACAUGACAACGUGAGCAUCCUGUUUGCUGACAUCGAGGGCUUCACCAGCCUGGCAUCCCAGUGCACCGCACAGGAACUGGUCAUGACCCUCAACGAGCUCUUCGCCCGCUUCGACAAGCUGGCCGCAGAGAAUCACUGUUUACGUAUUAAGAUCCUCGGGGAUUGUUAUUACUGCGUCUCGGGGCUUCCUGAAGCAAGGGCUGACCACGCCCACUGCUGCGUGGAGAUGGGCAUGGACAUGAUCGAGGCCAUCUCGUUGGUCCGGGAGGUGACAGGGGUGAACGUGAACAUGCGUGUGGGAAUUCACAGCGGGCGAGUACACUGCGGUGUCCUUGGUCUAAGGAAGUGGCAGUUCGACGUCUGGUCUAACGACGUCACGCUAGCCAACCACAUGGAGGCUGGCGGCAAGGCGGGACGCAUCCACAUCACCAAGGCUACACUCAACUACCUGAACGGGGACUACGAGGUGGAGCCAGGCUGUGGGGGCGAGCGCAACGCCUACCUCAAGGAGCACAGUAUCGAGACCUUCCUCAUCCUGCGCUGCACCCAGAAGCGGAAAGAAGAGAAGGCCAUGAUCGCCAAGAUGAACCGCCAGAGAACCAACUCCAUCGGGCACAACCCACCUCACUGGGGGGCUGAGCGCCCCUUCUACAACCACCUGGGUGGCAACCAGGUGUCCAAGGAGAUGAAGCGGAUGGGCUUUGAAGACCCCAAGGACAAGAAUGCCCAGGAGAGUGCGAACCCUGAGGAUGAAGUGGAUGAGUUUCUGGGCCGCGCCAUUGACGCCAGGAGCAUUGACAGGCUUCGGUCUGAGCACGUCCGCAAGUUCCUCCUGACCUUCAGGGAGCCUGACUUAGAGAAGAAGUACUCCAAGCAGGUAGACGACCGAUUUGGUGCCUAUGUGGCGUGUGCCUCGCUCGUCUUCCUCUUCAUCUGCUUUGUCCAGAUCACCAUCGUGCCCCACUCAGUAUUCAUGCUCAGCUUCUACCUGACCUGUUCCCUGCUGCUGACCUUGGUGGUGUUUGUGUCUGUGAUCUACUCCUGCGUAAAGCUCUUCCCCUCCCCGCUGCAGACUCUCUCCAGGAAGAUCGUGCGGUCCAAGAUGAACAGCACCCUGGUUGGGGUGUUCACCAUCACCCUGGUGUUCCUGGCGGCUUUUGUCAACAUGUUCACGUGCAACUCCAAGGACCUGCUGGGCUGCUUGGCACAGGAGCACAACAUCAGCGCAAGCCAGGUCAACGCAUGUCACGUGGUGGAGUCGGCCGUCAACUACAGCCUGGGCGAUGAGCAGGGCUUCUGUGGCAGCCCCUGGCCCAACUGCAACUUCCCCGAGUACUUCACCUACAGCGUGCUGCUCAGCCUGCUGGCCUGCUCCGUGUUCCUGCAGAUCAACUGCAUCGGGAAGCUGGCGCUCAUGCUGGCCAUCGAGCUCAUCUACGUGCUCAUCGUGGAGGUGCCGGGUGUCACGCUCUUCGACAAUGCCGACCUGCUGGUCACCGCCAAUGCCAUAGACUUCUUCAACAACGGGACCUCCCAGUGCCCUGAGCACGCAACCAAGGUGGCAUUGAAGGUGGUGACGCCCAUCAUCAUCUCAGUCUUUGUGCUGGCCCUGUACCUGCACGCCCAGCAGGUGGAGUCCACUGCCCGCCUCGACUUCCUCUGGAAACUGCAGGCCACAGAGGAGAAGGAGGAGAUGGAGGAGCUGCAGGCCUACAACCGGCGGCUGCUGCACAACAUCCUGCCCAAGGAUGUGGCUGCUCACUUCCUGGCCCGCGAGCGGCGCAACGAUGAGCUCUACUAUCAGUCCUGUGAGUGCGUGGCGGUCAUGUUCGCCUCCAUCGCCAACUUCUCCGAGUUCUACGUUGAGCUGGAGGCCAACAACGAGGGUGUCGAGUGCCUGCGGCUACUCAAUGAGAUCAUCGCUGACUUUGAUGAGAUCAUCAGCGAGGAUCGGUUCCGGCAGCUGGAGAAGAUCAAGACCAUCGGCAGCACCUACAUGGCUGCCUCCGGCCUCAACGACUCCACCUACGACAAGGUGGGCAAGACCCACAUCAAGGCACUGGCCGACUUUGCCAUGAAGCUGAUGGACCAGAUGAAGUACAUCAAUGAGCACUCUUUCAACAACUUCCAGAUGAAGAUCGGGCUCAACAUCGGCCCCGUGGUGGCCGGGGUGAUAGGGGCACGAAAGCCUCAGUACGACAUCUGGGGCAAUACCGUGAACGUGGCCAGCCGCAUGGACAGCACUGGUGUACCUGACCGCAUCCAGGUCACCACGGACAUGUACCAGGUGCUGGCCGCCAACACGUACCAACUGGAGUGCCGGGGCGUGGUCAAGGUCAAGGGCAAAGGCGAGAUGAUGACCUACUUCCUCAAUGGAGGGCCCCCGCUCAGUUAGCAGCUGUUGGCCAACGGUGCCAGGCAGCCUGGCCUCCAGAGUCACGGAAGCAGCUUCUCUGUGUGCCGGGGGUGGCGGGGAAGCCAUGCUCCAGCCCGCAGGGCUGCACUGUUGAGAUUUUCCACUUGGACUCCAGAGCAGCUGCUGCCUUUGCUGGUGGGCAGCGGCCUCCGUCCCAGGCCCUGGGGUGCCAGCGUCCUGCGAGCACCCAGCUGACCAAAGAUGUUUCCCUCUGUAGAAGACUCUGCUAGACUGGGUCUGAAGCUUGAGUUUUCUAACAGGUGCUGCUGCACAGGUGGAAAGGAGCCGUGGGAAUGUGUGUGUGGCGCGGCCCGGACAAGGCCAGGGCUGAGGGAGGGGCCUCCGACUCAGCUGGGGGUAGACGGGCUCGACUCUGGCCUGGGGGAGCCUAGGGACCCCAGGGGUCUGCUUUUCUAUGUGAGCCUUUAAACUUCAGACAGAGAGGCCGCCACCCUGCGCCUGCAGGGGCUUUGGGGCAGGAGUGCUGGCUUUGGAGGGACUGUGGCCUUCAUCGUGGUCCUCUGCCCACACCUCCACGCACACAGACAGUGCCCUAGGAGGGAAACAGAACUAAUUAUGAGGGGGAGGCAAGAGGACGCCAAGCAAGGAGUGGUGAUUCUGAGAAAAAUAUUUAUUAAAUAAAACAAAACAAGUUCUCCGUGCCCUUCUUUAGACUAUGCUAGUUGUAUGCGUGUAAGAGACCCACAAGCAAACGAGGACGCCACUCGGGGGGAGGGCAGGGAUCCCCACUUGUCUUUUUUGUAUUUUUUAUUUUGUAUUAUUGAAAGCCUUGGAGAUCUCACAGAUAUGCCAAAUUCUAUAUUUUGUAAAUUCUCUAUAUUAGAAAACAAACAGCCGUGCACAGCGAGGCGUGUGCUCAUUUGUACUGUGCGUAUGUUGGCGUAUGUACUGGUGUAUAUGUGCGUGUGUUCAUGCUGUGGAACUGGUCUCACACAGGAUGCGUUUCCCUCCUUUCAGAUUUGGCAGUUUUGGGUUUUCGCAGGUACCACCAGAGCAGUGGGUGUGUGCUUUUGGGGUACCAUAUGCUCAGCUUAAGGAGGAGGAUGCAUGGACACAUUGCCCCAUCUUUCUCUGACACACGCACACGUGUGUACACACAUGCACACACCCUGCUUCCCCUAAGCAAAAUGCAGACGGAAUGGUAAGAAAACAAAAAGCUGCUUUCCCAUCCCAGGCCAAGCUGGAACCAAGGGAAGCAACCUCAUCCUGAGGCAGGCAGUGUGGCGCCCUCCACCCUCCACGCCCUGAGAUUUCAGACGUUUGCUGCUUACAGAGGCAGCUCCCCCGGAUUCUGGAGUGCUUACAGAAGGCCAGGUGCUUUGCAGGCUGGGGCAAGAAAGCCAAGCCUGCCUGGCCUACUCAGUUGGCCAAGGUGCAGGUGGCUCUUCCGGGAGCUGUUCACUCAGACAGGGUUGCACUCAGACAGGGUUGCAAUGUGCAGCCCUCAGGUUUGAAGAAAGGGAGUGGCCUUGACCUCCAUUCCUCCAUUCCUCCUCUGGCAAACCGGGCAGAGGAAUGGGUAGAGCCCAGCUUUAGAGUCCACAGGGAAAGCUAGCAGGAAUUUUGUUUUAUCGGGAGGAGGCAGUUAAAUAUACCAAGAAAAAAAUACUAUUUUUAUAAGCUAUGAGGAAGGCAUUUGGAAAAUGAUACUCUACCACAGAAUUUGAUGGACUCCUUAGGGCCCAUGCCCAAAUCUUCCCAUUGCUUCUCAGGUUAGAAUGAUCCUCACCUCCAACAUGAGCUUGGAGGCGAUGAGGCGGUGGCUCUGUGCCAGCUGCCACAAUGUGACUUUGAUAUCCACCUGCACCACCUCUCACUGGGCUCUAGCACCACCUUCCCCUCGCCGCACACUAAUCCCACCACAAUUUGAACACAGCUCUGAGAAACAAAGUGUGCGGACCCAAAACUGCCAAGCCUGAGUCUGUCCCGUGCUUCUGCUGCUCCAUCCUUUGAGUUCUGCAUUGCCAUCCUGCCGUCGAGGGCUGGAGGCCCGCUUUCUUCCAGCUGUUGUUCUCAAGUUCCCUGCCCCUCCACAUCGCCUGCCAGUGGUGUUGGGUUUUCGUUCUGCUUCCAACCUGAGUAAAGUGUGUGUGCUGAGUUCAUCCCGUGUUCCCCCAUGGUCAUGGCCUCCCGGCCCCAUGGGGACCCCUCUCUCAUCCCAGCAGUGACUGGUGACAGCGUGCAGGUGCAGUGCUAGCUCUUCGUUCCCUCUAAGGGGUGUGCACUCUUUUUAUUCCUACUCUUGCAAAAACAGAUACGAUUAUGAUUUCCCAUGGAAAUUGAAAAGUCUAUUUAAAUAAUUUAACUAUUAAACACUUUCACUGGUAA